AUGCCUGUUCAAUUAUUUCCUGUUUAUGGUAAUGAAAAUGCAGCUAUGGGUCCUUAUUCAAGUGGAAACACAAGCCCAAAGACAAUAAAAUUUCCGGAACAAUUUUUUCGUCACGUUUAUAAUAAACCCUUAACAGGUAAAACGUUAAGAGAAAUGCAGUACGCACCUUUAUAUUUGGAUGCCAAGAUAACUGCUACUACCAGCAAAAUUGUGGGAGUAACUACUGCUGGCUCCAACUUAAAGGUAUAUAAUGAACACUUGGAGCCAAGAACUACAAAUGAUAAAAAUGUGAAUACGAAAUGCUAUCACCAGAACCCGGUAGAACAUGUUGAGGCUUUGUCUUCUGUAAGUCGUAGUCCAGGGCAUAAUGCUGUUUACAGAACUUAUCCAUUACUAGUUCCCAGAGAUAAGCCAUUCAAGCUUAACUUUAUAAAGCCUAUUCCCGUAAAACAACACUCGGAUUUCCUACCAGUAGCUUCAACAGCAGUGCCAUUCCUUCCCAGAGUACGCAUUUCUCCACCCUUCAUGAACAAUCAGCAGUACAUAGUUAACCCCGAAAUUUCAGACAUAGAUGAUGACCUGGGACCUGCAAAACCUAAACGUCCUCAAUUCUUGCCUUUCAACAAGCUUCACAGAAUACAUCUAAACAUAGCGAGGGUAUACAGCCCAGUGUCUCAAAAAUUACAAAACUAUUCUGGUGUCUACUCGAUGAAUGUUGACAGCGAGCAUGCACAAUUGCAGUCUGACAUGCCCUCAAUAUUACAUUUGUCAAAGAAGAGUGAAAACAAGAAUGUAACAUAA